CAGCAAAUCCAUGAAAUCCAUCGUCAGCAUGGUUUCCUUCCUGACUCAUCUAAGGAACGCAUUGGGGCGCAACCUCCUGCGCCACCAGCAUCUCGUAGCGCUGCUGGAACCAAUGUCACUCCAGUUGUACCACGAAUGUUCGCUACGCCGAAUGGGACUGGUCUCAUGCCAUUACCACCAGGAUUUGCACCACCUGUACCACAAUCCUCCUACCCACCACCACCUCCACCAGGGCAGGUAGCAGAUGGUACUCCACCCGUUAAACGCCAAAGAACGGAAGAAGACUUAGAGCCGGAGGCUGAGUGGCUCACAAAGGUAACUGGGACGAUUGACUUACGCAUUCAACUUCCAACAAGUGCAGAAUUUAACAUGGACGGAUCUAUUAUUGGACUUCCAAUUGAAAUUACUUCACAGGUCUCCGAUCUGAAGCAAAUGCUUCAAGAUAGAUUGAGCAUGCCAACAGGGAAACAAAAACUCGUUUUCGAUGGAUUCUUCUUGAAAGACAAUUUCUCCUUGGCUUACUACAACAUGAAAAACCAGUCGUUUGUGAUCCUUCAAAUCAAGGAAAGAGGUGGAAAGAACAAGUAA